GUUUUAACAGCACCCUCAGCGGCCUCGCCGUGGGCCGCUGCUGGGACCGCGCGACGCUUUUACUUGAGGAGAUGCGACAAGGCCCCAUCACUCCCAACGUCAUCUCCUACAACACGACCAUCAGCUCCUUCGUGGACUGGGAAGGAGAUUUCUGGCCCUACGCUCUAGAAUGCCUGGAGCUGAUGCGCUUGGAUGAGCUGCAGCCGGACCUCGUCAGCUUCAACACAGCGCUCCGGGCGGCCGGAGCGCGGGGUGCCUGGCAAGCUAGCCUGGCUCUGAUGGAG